AGGCCGCCUCUGCACAAACCCUCGGACGUCAUGUGGGAGGUGCCUCCGCUGUACUUGCCGACUGUGUGCUUCGAGCUACAUUCACCGAGGAGACUUGCGAGCGGUGGUUCGUCGCUCUGCAGCACUCCUGGGCGCACCGCUGGCGGAGACUCCGCGGAGGACCACGACGAGGCCUGCAUUUUCUCGUUCGAGGAGGACGAGUCCAAGCCGACAUGGACUUACUCCACCGGCGGGCCCGUGCAGAUGCACCUGGUUGAGCUGGAGGGGGACGAGGCCGAGGACAUUGGCCAGCGCAAGCACGUCGACAUUUGGAGGCAGUCGCGGAGCUCGAAGCAGGCGUUCGGAACUGUCGGCGCGGAACCCGACCGGCUUGGCGCCAGCCCCGUGCUCCUGUCAGCCCUCGAGCGGGUGGCCGCCGAGGCGGCGGCCUGCGCCGGGGGCGGCACGGCGCAGGCUGGGAGCUUCGACGCGUCCGAUGCGGCCGCCGCAGGCUGGCGCCAGUGAGCCGCCUUGGGCGCCGCCUUGGGCGCCGCCGCCCCGGGGGCCACCGAGAGGUGAGCGGCUCGAGGCGUGCGGGCGCCGAAAGGCUGCGGCCGGCGGUGCGCGGGCGGCCCUCUGCGCGCGCAGAUCUGGGGCGCACGUCGCCGGGGAAGGGGAGGGGGCGG